ACUCGAGGCGUGCACGAUCCCCGGCGGCCACGCGGGUCGUAGAACUUGGCAUAGGGCCUGUCACUGGGACUCCGCGAGUGUCCAUAGUCACUUUAGUUCUGGGGGACCCUCAGUAUCUCUCUCUCCGAGAGGGCAGCCUGCCUCCACACCCUCCACACGGAGUGGUCCCCCCGAAGUCGCCUUUCAGUCCCUUGGGAUUCUUGGUUUAAAUUUGGAACAAGGCUUGGAUCGCUAGAAGUCUUUUCCCAUCCUCCUCUGGAUCUGUAAGACAGGGUGCUCUCUUCACCAUGAUUCCCUGCAGAGCGGUGCUGACUUUUGCGCGAUGUCUGAUCCGGAGAAAAAUCGUCACGCUGGACAGUCUAGAAGAUUCCAAACUCUGCCGCUGCUUGACCACCAUGGACCUCAUCGCCCUGGGGGUUGGAAGCACUCUCGGAGCUGGAGUUUAUGUCUUGGCUGGGGAAGUCGCCAAAGCAGAUUCUGGCCCCAGCAUCGUGGUGUCCUUCCUCAUCGCCGCCCUGGCUUCAGUGAUGGCAGGCCUUUGCUAUGCUGAAUUCGGGGCCCGGGUUCCCAAGACGGGGUCUGCGUAUCUGUACACAUACGUCACGGUUGGAGAACUGUGGGCCUUCAUCACUGGCUGGAAUCUCAUCCUGUCAUAUGUCAUAGGUACAUCCAGUGUUGCAAGAGCAUGGAGUGGCACCUUCGAUGAACUUCUUAACAAACAGAUUGGUCAGUUUUUCAAGACGUACUUCAAAAUGAAUUACACCGGCCUGGCGGAAUAUCCAGACUUUUUUGCUGUGUGCCUUAUAUUACUUCUGGCAGGUCUGUUAUCUUUUGGAGUAAAAGAGUCUGCCUGGGUGAAUAAAUUCUUCACAGCUAUUAAUAUUCUGGUCCUUCUCUUUGUAAUGGUGGCCGGGUUUGUGAAAGGAAAUUUGGCCAACUGGAAGAUCAGUGAAGAGUUUCUCAAAAAUAUAUCAGCGAGUGCCAGAGAACCACCUUCUGAGAACGGAACAAGCAUCUAUGGGGCUGGGGGCUUUAUGCCCUAUGGCUUCACCGGAACUUUGGCUGGCGCUGCAACUUGCUUUUAUGCCUUUGUGGGCUUUGACUGCAUUGCCACAACUGGUGAAGAGGUCCGGAAUCCCCAAAAAGCUAUUCCCAUCGGAAUAGUGACUUCCUUACUGGUUUGCUUUAUGGCCUAUUUUGGGGUUUCUGCAGCUUUAACGCUUAUGAUGCCUUACUACCUCUUGGAUGAGAAGAGCCCCCUUCCUGUAGCAUUUGAAUAUGUUGGCUGGGGUCCCGCCAAAUACGUGGUUGCUGCAGGCUCCCUCUGCGCCUUGUCAACAAGUCUUCUUGGAUCCAUUUUCCCAAUGCCUCGUGUAAUCUAUGCUAUGGCGGAGGAUGGGUUGCUUUUCAAAUGUCUAGCUCAAAUCAAUUCCAAAACGAAGACACCAAUAAUUGCUACUUUGUCAUCGGGUGCAGUGGCAGCUGUGAUGGCUUUCCUUUUUGACCUGAAGGCUCUUGUGGACAUGAUGUCCAUCGGCACCCUCAUGGCCUACUCUCUGGUUGCAGCCUGUGUGCUCAUCCUCAGGUACCAACCUGGCCUGUGUUAUGAGCAGCCCAAAUACACCCCUGAGAAGGAAAUUCCGGAAUCGUGUACCUGCGCGACGUCAAAAAGCGAGUCCCAGGUCACCAUGAUACAAGGACAGGGUUUCAGCCUCCGGACCCUCUUCAGCCCCUCUGCCCUGCCCACGCGACAGUCGGCUUCCCUCGUGAGCUUCCUGGUGGGAUUCCUGGCCUUUCUCAUCUUGGGCAUGAGUAUUCUAACCACGUAUGGAGUCCAGGCCAUUGCCAGACUGGAAGCCUGGAGCCUGGCUCUUCUCGCCCUGUUUCUUGUUCUCUGCACGGCCGUCAUUCUGACCAUUUGGAGGCAGCCACAGAAUCAGCAGAAAGUAGCCUUCAUGGUCCCGUUCUUACCCUUUCUGCCAGCCUUCAGCAUCCUGGUCAACAUCUACUUGAUGGUCCAGUUAAGUGCGGACACUUGGGUCAGAUUCAGCAUCUGGAUGGUGCUUGGCUUUCUGAUUUACUUCGCUUAUGGUAUUAGACACAGCUUGGAGGGUAACCCCAGGGAUGAAGAAGAUGAUGAAGAUGUUUAUUCAGACAACAUGCAUGCAGCAACAGAAGAAAAAUCCGCCAUGCAAGCAAACGACCAUCACCAACGAAACCUCAGUUUACCUUUCAUAUUCCAUGAAAAGACAAGUGAAUGCUGAUGCUGGCCCACGGUUUUACCACACACAGCUUACAAGGAGUGAACUAUGGCAGGACGUCACCAUCAUGCUGGGAUGUCAUGGGUUUGCUGCAGAGAUGGUCCACCUAAGUUAUAUUUCCUCCUCCAGACAGCUUCUCUUCAGAUGGUGAAUUAUGGGUCUGGGGAAACUGCCUGAGCGCACUCCUCAGCAAUGAGUAUCCCCAAAGUAAUGUGUCUGUGUGCGUACAUGUGUGUUUGGGAAUGUGAGUGUUAAGUGUCGUUGGUUUUUAUUACUAUGUGGCAUUGUUCCAGCGUUGUGAUGGGUGACAGAUCCUGCACGUACUGAUAGAGUAUAUUGCCCAAUAGAAGUGUGUUCUGCAUAUGUCCUAGGUAGUUAAGAUAAUAGUGAUGGUUUUCCUUAGUAGGUCUGUGACUGUCAAUUUGGACAUACUGAAAAUGUAGCCACCUUUCAGAGGUUUAGCAGUGGUCAGGAGUGGGGAGGGGAUAAGGAAUGAGCCUUUUCUAUAGAUGACAGUGCCUCUGUAGAAUUUUUACACAUCUUCUUCUCCUACUUGUUAGGACAGUUCACUAAAACUUCAGCCCUGGGGAGUGUUUGGUUUUUAAGUAUGACAGGAUGGAGAGAGAGAGAGUCUGUGACAUCAGAUGAUCACUCCUGUUUGUGAGAGCCUUGAUCCUUACACAUAACACUUCCACCUGCUAUAAGUGAUAUGCUUCCCCAACCCCAGCCCCACUGAAGACUCAGGAGAGGUACCAGGGCCUCCUUGGGACCCUUUAAGCCAGAAAAUGAAGGUGGUCCCAUGGCCGGAAGACCAGAGGCGUAGACAGAGGCUCAGAUAGGCUUUCUGUUUUUAAAAGUGAAUGAAGACAGUCCAGGUCCCCAUGUCACACAUUUGGUGGAAUGGUUCAGGUUGUUUUCCGUUACUAAGCACCCAAUCACAGCUCAGCGGCUGUCACUGCAUCAGCCGCUCUUUUGCUUCUGAUAGUUUCUCUGAUCUAGAUGGAAAGGGACACUGUAGCAAAUUCUAUCUUUACAACAUACAAAGAAGAAGAAGAUGAAGGGGUGUGGGGAAAUACCUCUAGUCCAGUCUCACGGGGCAUUGGGGCCCAACUUAUGGAUUUUGAGACCUAAUAUACCUCUGAUGUUUCUUUUAGAAAUGUUUAGAGAUUCCUGCUCCACCCCACCCCAUCAUUUAUCACUUUUUCUUUCAUUUGCUUUUAAAUGACCGCAUUAAGCCUAUUAACACAAGCUCUGAUAUUAUACAAUCAAUCAUCAAUUACUUUCAGAACACAGUUAUUUAAAACUUUGAGUUAGAUAACCAAAUUGAAUUAAAAACACAGUGAUCUUUGUAUAUGAUUAAAUAAAUUUUAUAUGUAAGAUUCUCUGCUACAUUUUACUUUAUAGGGUUCACUGAUAAUGGAUUAUACAUCUCCAAUCUUUCUUAUUCCUCAUGAGUUAAUUUUGUAUGAAUAAUUAAAUGGUUUGUCAGGUAAAUUUAGAGGCUAGACACUUAACACAGGUGUAGCACUCCCAGGAGACUGUGUGUUACCAGGAAUGCUAGUUACCUGGCGUAAUCCAAAGACAAGGAAAACAGUUGCUUUCUCAUAAUUUUUCUAAGAGAUUGUUUAUUUUACUGAUGCUGUUUAAAGGCAAGUUGCAAUCCUUCAUGUGGAAGUAGACAUUUAUUGAGAUUAAUUAUCAGACAAGCAGGCAAAGGUUCUGGGUUCUUGGCUGUUAGGGGUGCCUCCCUAACCCAGGGCUCAGUGCAGACAUUCCAAAAUUUCCAGGGUGCACGUGAUAAAAUCUGAAGCCCAGACACUCUUUCCAAACUGCUUGCUUUACUACAGAAGAAAAGUAGGAGAAGCAAAGGCUAAAAUAGUUUGGAGAGGUCUAUAGGCAUGAUCAGGAAUUCUUGCUAUCAUUAAUGGCUGCCCAGAGAGGGAGAAUCAAGGAUGAGCUCCCUGGUCAGUGACGUGAUCCCAAUUGGUCAGCAUUAAAUACUUCUAUACACAAGCAAUACUUAAUGGACUCAGCAGGUUCUUUAUACACACACACACACACACACACACACACACACACACACACACACACGUAUGUAACAAUCAUAAAGAAGAGGUCAUGGAUUUGAUAGACUAUUGGGGCAAUUGUAGCGGGGGGAGGGGAAGGGAGGGUAGAAAAUGAUCAGAACUGUAAAUUCAUGUAAAAAAAUUCUCAAAAAAUUUUAAAUUUAAAUUUAAAAAAAUCCUUGCUGUUACAGCAGUGCUCUUUGCUCAAAAUGUGAAGAACUUCAUACAUGAAUGUCUGAAUGUCUUACUGUAACAAAAAACAGAUUUGUUUGGACCGUGAUAGGCAACUAGAAGUACUAUGCCCACUGUGUUCAGUUAGGAGCAGAAUGUUCACACCAAAACACGUUGGAAACACAGAUGUCUGUGAAGAGAUGUUUUGUCAGAGACCAUACUCUUCUCUUUUUUUUUUUUCUGUGAAGACCCAAAUGGACAGGCAUGUCUGUAUGUGUAUAACGUUUAUAAACACAUUGGUAUAUGUAUGUGUGAUGUAUAUUUGUGUGUGUUUGUGGGGGGAGGGGGCAUUCGGUUAUCAGUGUCUAAGUUGGGUUUCUGAUGAGCUUUGGAUGUCAUAUUGUUACAUAGAUAAAAACCCAAUUGCUGUGGAGAGAGAUUAAUGUUUUAUAUUGAUAGAUAUUUUAGAUUUUUAGCUAUUUUAAAAUAUACAAUUUUAUAUGUAUGUUUUCUAUAGAUAGAUUCUUUAAGACAUAUUUAUCAUGUUUCUAAUAUGAAAUCACUAGACUAUACUAUAUUAUGACAGGUGCUUUGGAAUCUGAAUGGAGUAGGGGUAGGAACCUUGGGGUAUUCUUUUUUGUGUCUAUAGUACUGUUUCUGACACACAUGUUCUUGGGUGUGCUGGGCAGUAAACGCCAGUACUACCAGCUCUUUGCCAACCCUCUGUCCUCCCAAACUUGAGUUCAUAACACUUUGAACAUAACAUCCUAUUCUGUUUUGUAGGAUCACCAAAAUAUUUUGUAUAGAUUUGACUAGUGGGCAAAUGCUCCAGAAUCUCAAAUGUGGACACCUUCUAUUCAUCAUGAUGAGCAAAAGCAGUUUGUAGUACUUUUUUUUCUUACACUAAGAACUGUGUUGUUGGUAUUUUCAAUGAGAUUGUCUCAUCACAGCACCUUAACUUCAUGCCUUCACAAAAGAGAAUGCUCUGUGAAUUAGCACAUAAAUGUCAGGCCAACCAUAUAUUUAAAAGGACGGUUAUAAAAAUUCAAGGUUAAAGCUCCUGAGAAAAACUUAACUAGAAUCUUUGAGAUAUAAAAACUAUCUUAAUCUUGUUUCCUUAGUGAUAAAAAUGUCAAGAAAAAUAACCAAAAUAUUAUCUAUAUACAUGUAUAUAUCAUAUACAAAUAUAUAUCAAUGUUAAUAUGUAGACUCAACAUUGAAACUACUUUUGGUAUGUUACCUUUAGUACUACUAGCUGUAAUUGAUUUAAAAAGAAUACCAGCUUAUGAAUCAUCUUUCUAAAGAAUAAAAGGUUAGAUAAUUUUAGUUUUUAUAAAGUUUUUUUUUAUUUUAGUCAUUUUUUUCCAAGUCCUAAAUGUUUGCAGGUAGUUGUUUAAAAGGUUUUCUAAUAAAACACUGUAAUUCAGAAUUGUUACUAGAUAAUUUUCUAAGUUUGUUUGAAUAUUUAGCACAGGUGAAGAAAAGUAAUUGUCCUACAGUGCUAAGGACUCAGAAAGAAUACCUGCACCUUACCCUCUUCUUAUAUCAAGUGUGUGUGUGUACAUGUGCGCAUGUGCAAAUGUGGCUGUGUAAAAAAAAAAAUAUGUAUCCCAAAAUUGCCACCCAGAUAAUGAAGUUGCACUAAAGUCCCAGCUCUUGCUUCCUUGCAACAACCUAGGGAUUUCUCCAGAUACACUUCAAGUGGUAGUCCCCCAAAUACAAUUUCGACAGCACUUUAAAAGAUUGGGUUUAGUGUUAUUAAUGGAUGAUUCACAUUCACGUAGUGUGUAGGGGUUGGUGACAUGAGUGACGCUAACUGUUCUUUUUGCUAGUGCCCAAAUUGUGCCUUCUCUGUACGUUUUUCUAUUUUAUAUAUCAAGGAAAAGUACUGAAAUUCAUGUAGUAAAUAAUGCCAGCCAAGGUCAUCUUAGCUACAGAUGUGAAAAUAAGAUUGCUAGACUUUGUUGUUUAGCUGAGGUUUUUUUUUCCCUUGUAUACUUAUAUUUAUAGAAUUUAAAAUAGCUUUGUGGAUUUUGAGAGGUCUUAUACUACUGUUGUAUUGCUGGUUUAGGUGUUGGCUUUUGUAGUAUUCGUGAUUGUUUAUAUUUACACAGUUUUGGUCUUACUGAUUUCAAAUGUAUUCUGUUAUGACAUAACCCAGUUUGAACACUACUGGUCAGGAGUUCUGGACUUGUCUGUUCUUACGGCUGAAGCCAUUGCCACAGUCUCUGGGCUCUAAGCAGCCUUUCUGACCACUGAUAGGCCCGUAGAGAGUACAGCUAGGACCCCAGUUUGAUGCCACAGCCAGGCAGCCUACUGUACAUGGGUGUCUGUUCUUACACUUUGGCAGUGUCUACGAUAGUGAGGCAGAGUGGGAAGCAAAGGAUUUCUAAUGAGUAGAAGGUCAUCUGGGAUCCCUAACUUCAGUCCCAAAUAUCUCCUCAGUAUGUUAAGGUGAAUAAGGACCAAGAAAUAUCUAUGACUCAUGGGGGCGGGCUAUGUCUUGGAAUUGGCACAGUAGUGCCUGGCCUGCUGUGUUUCCUACAGGGACACAGCCUCCAGGUGAGAAAUGCAUGGCGAAAACCCUGUCGGUAGAAAGCCUUGUACUGCCAGCAGGGUGACCCUCUGUACCCACAAUUCAUGGAUGGGCCCCUCAUUUUUCAUGUCCACUAGCAGUGCCAAAUUGUUUUAUUGCUUUAUUUUGUUAUCAUUAUAUUUAAUAGCAGUUGGGCAUGGAGGCCUAAUGCAAUCUAAAAUUUCUAUGUCUACAAAACCCUACAAGUACCCUAUUGCACCUGUGCAAAUGUAAAAAUGUUUUGUUCAGUAGAUAAUUUUGAUGUUUUUAAUAAUUGGUGUUCCUUUUUACAUAUAAAGUUGGACUCUUUUUUUUAGAAUUUGUAAUAAAAACUAUUGCUGCUUUAACUAUUAUAAUGUUAUGCUUUAUAAUGUAACCAUGUGUUUUUAAAUAAAUCUUAAUAUGACUUAUAA